UGGCGGGCUCAGUUCAGUCUCACGCUCCGGCUCGGUAGCAUCGUAGUUCGUGGAAGUGGUGCCUUCUCGAGACAGCUGCCCGCACGCGGUGUGUGUUUUCGUUCGUUCGAAACCGUUUCAGUUGCCAGACAGCCACCGUCAAGAACAAAAUCCUACCGUGUCCGCAGGCCAGUCCGGCUGCACUUGUUAGGAAAGUAGGGAAAUCAAUAAAGUGAGUCGCUUAAUUGGGACACAAAAUAAGGAACAGAAAAUAAUUCAAAAAUCGCUCGCUUACAGAACAAGAAAAGUGAACAAAAAGCCGCUUAAAUAAUCGUGUAAUUCCGUCCGUUUCCUGCCCUGGUCAGAAAGUGUUGGUUACAAAACAAAAAAAAAUCAAACAAACCAGCAUCACAGAACCCCUCAAGCUUUGCAUUCCUUCUACUGUCUAGUGUCUGUGUGCGUAUGUGUGCGUUUGUGCGUGUAUGUAUGCCAGCGGUGGUCAUCAAUCAGUAUUAUGUUUAAUUAGUGCGAGGACAGCUGCUCGACGUUGACGGCGCUGGUGCGAAUCUGAAGCGGAAAGCCUGAACCUGAACGUGAUCCGAUCUCGUCAAACGGCCGACGAAGAGGAAGCUAAACGCAUCCUCGAAAAAAAAAACCCUCCUAAUAAGUGAUACGGGUGAUUUGGUUUUUGAUCGUCACCGUCGUGUCAGUGUGCGUGUGUUAUCACUUUCAAAACGUUCUGCCAACUAAAAACAAGCCCACCAAAAAAAGAAAAAAAAGCACAUCCCCCAAAACAGUAGACGCAUACCGGCCACGUGGUUUGUUGCAAUGCGCUUUUCGUUGGUGCAUCCGCUCUGGCACGCCGCUGUCUGUUGACCGUGAACCUGAAUUCUGACAUUGAGCAACUCACACUCGAGUGAAACAUUCCACACGCGUAGCAACUCUCGCCAAACGCCAAGCCAGAAGAAGCAACGUGACAGACAGAUGUAUCAACAAAUUACCCAUUCAACUGUGUUCCGGCAUUAACCGAAUCUCAAUCCUUGGAAUCGGCAAGCAGCCACGAGCAUGGACAGUUACCGUUGACGCGGAACGAAGCAACGCAACGAACGCAAUAACUACAAAAAAACACGUGUAACACAACGCAAUGCGCUCGGUCGGCACGACGGACGGGGACGAAACGGCCCGGGACGAAGCGCCAGAAACGGGUGCCAGCGUGCAAGACGCCACGGACGACCGGUGGCAAUGGAGGCGGCGACGACAACACGAAGAUGACAUAAAUUGGAAAAUGUCAGACCAGCAACAGGUGACACCGGAUCGGGUGGUCGUCACCGAUGGGCCGGCCGACCGAGCGCCAUCGCCCGCCCGGCCUCUCGCCGGACCCUGCGAUGGGGAGAAUAAUCCAAUUAAAUCGUUGCGACGGCAACGGCGUGUUGAGGGCGCAUCGUGCUCCGGCCCUGCCGUCACAUCAAUCACGCCACCCACAGUGCCGAUUGGUGGCGCAGAUGCGGACACCCGAUGGUCGGCACGGCUGUUGCAUCAGGGCCAGCCGGCCGUGCUACUCCCCAAGCCAGUCGAGCCGAGCGGUGAUAAAAAUAGUCCACCCGCCGGCCAGGACGAUACGGCCAACAACAACAACAAUCGGGCCGAUGUGGCGCGCGAGCUGGAGGACGCACUGGAGCGGAAGCGCCACAACACGGUGAACGCCCGGCGACGCUGGAAGCUGCUGGCGAAGGCGCUCCGGCACGAUUCGAGCGAGGACGAUCAGUUCGCCAAGUUUAACCUGAUCGAGGCGGAUCGGGCCGGGGACGAGAAGGACGAGAACGUGUACGUGUACCGGCUGUACGAUCGGUACCGGUUGAAGAUCCGGCUGAUUGGGCCCGAGCGGCCCUGGACGGCGAGUGAGCUGAUCGGGUUCAACAACACCGGGAACAUCUGCGUGUGGCCGUCGGAGGAAGCGCUCGCCUACUACAUCCUUUCCCGGUUGUCCCAGUUCGAGGGGACGUCGGUGCUGGAGCUGGGGGGUGGUAUGACCUGUCUGGCCGGGCUGGUGCUGGCGAAGUACGGCCAGCCCGCCUUCGUGCACGUGACCGACGGGAACGAGCUGUCGGUGGAGAAUGUGCGCCACUCGCUCGUGCUGAACAAGUUCAACUGUACGAUCAAAUCGUCCGUGCUGAAGUGGGAACAGACGGCCCGGACGGACCGGGAACCUCCGAACGAGCGGUACCACUUCAUCCUGUCCGCCGACUGCCUGUUCUUCGACGAGUCCCGAUCGCAGCUGAUCGACACGAUCUGGCAACUGCUGGCGGACGAAGGUGUCGCGCUGAUCACGGCCCCGCGCCGCGGUCAAACGUUGGGCCUGUUUCUGGACGAGUGUGUCGCCCGGGGCUUCCACUACGAGCUGCUGCAGUGCUACAACGAAGCGAUCUGGGCGCGGCAUCUCGAGCUGAAGCAGACGGACGGGUACGACGAGAACGUGCACUAUCCGCUGCUGGUGAAGAUGUACAAGUACGGCCAGUGCGGUGGCGCCGGCAGCAUGUUGCACCGGUUGUGAGGUGCACCACGUUGCUACACAGUAUUUGGUUGGGCUGAGCAGGCUGGGCCCUCGUUCGUUUUCCUCCACUGCAGAUCCUAAUUCCAGAAACACGCACGUGCACAAACACGAUGACCAAGCCAAAGAGGUCUUCCAUGCGUUUUUUUUUUGCCGUUGUGGCCUGGUCGACCGGGUCUUUAGUUGCUGGGUAGUUGUAAUUUAAUUGUAAGCCUUCCACACUUCCACACACACACACAAACACCAAAGAGAACGGAAGCUUCGAGCACGUGUGCGGAUCAGGUUAAAAGAGGACCAAUAAUGGAUGCACUUAAGCGGGAAACCCGGACCGGACGCAAGGUUGCAGGAGAUGCAUCCAACAUACAAACUCAAUUUUCCCACUACAAGCACGGUAAGUAUUUAUAGUUGCCCAAGCAGUGGCGUUCGAUUUUCAUAGAUCGUGUGGAGCGGAUGCUUCGUUGUGUUCGUUAGUAAAAGGCGUUCUAAAACCAAGCAAAGUGGUGCCACCAAAGAGCGAAGGCGAAAUUUGCCAAAAACAGCGUUGCGAGAGAGAGGAAGAGCAUUGGAGCGAUUCAAAAGUAUUCAACCUUAGGAUGGGAUGUAGACCGGACAUGUGGAUACAUCCUUUAUGUGAUAGGGUAGGGAAGUGGAAAACCAUUGGAAUAGAUAAGGGGGGAGAGGUGAGAAGAAAAAACAAAGCCAAGCAAGCCUAAAUUAGCUCUAGUCUACACAACAAACGGAAGCGUUUGCGUGUUGGGGGAGCCGCUGCGUAAUGGUUUAGUCUCUGUACGCACAGCUAGUAGCUACAUGUGCCAUUUUAUUAAUGAAACGCAAACAGUACAGACAGAGAUAGUCCGAAGUGUGUUUGUGUGUCGGAAUGUGGUGCAUGCGCAACGUUUUGAAUGUUUAUUGUUUUGCGAUACUCUAGAACUCCAUUCAAAAGCAUCACCGGCUUCCUUUCUUUCGGUUCUAAAUUUGGAUGUACUACAUUUGCCGCUUGGCUGGAGGCAAAUGCAUGGCAAGUUCACGCGCCACCGUGUACUUUGCCACACCACCCACAGCAAAAAGGCGUGCCAAAUGGGUGUGCAAGCAAUAAAAAACACGUUCUGAGUCAGAGAGGUCGUGAGUGUAGGUGCAUGACGCAUUGUUGGCAGGGCUGUUGGUAUAGGUAGGUAACAGAAGAAGAAAAAUUAAAAUAAAUAGUGUUCCCUUUUUCACGCACAAAUACACCAAUCAAUGCAGUGGAGCCUGGAUAAAAAGGGAAGAGUAAAUUGCGACCAUAUAAGUUUAUUUAAUUUUUUUAUAUUAAUUUUAUCCUUCUAAAGCCCCCUCGAAUCCAGAUUUUCCACCCGUACCGAUACAAUCGCGAAACAUGUGUGUUGCAAUUCCAUAAAGUCCAGUAUCACUGACACCACAAGCAACUGAUCCCGUUUGUACACUCCCGCGUGCGUUAGGUUCGAUAGAGUUAAAACUUCAAUUAAUAGAUAGAAAAUCCACGAUCCACGAAUCGGUUGUGGUUGAUCGAGCGCUGUUCGGUCCAUUAUAUCCACUAGCCUACUCUAAGGGUCGUUAUAAAUGCCCGUACCAGCAAACCAGACAAAGAAGAGCAAUAAAAAAAGGAACUCCUUUUCGGUGCAGAUACAAAUUUUAUUCACUUAUUACUUAAAUAAAUAAUUACCUUAUGUAUGCAA